AUGGACGAAAUCGUGGUAAUAGUGCAUGAUCGCACUGACCAUUCGAAACGAUCACUGUCAGUGCCAUUUCAUCUGAGCGAUACAGUUAGAAGCCUCCAGGAAAGAGUAAGCGAAAAAACUGGGAUUGCGAGGCAACAACUAAAGGUUGUAUUGUGUGGACGCACCCUAGAAGAAUCUACUUUCGUUAGAGAUCUAUUGCUGGGACCGGCGACGUCACUUGUCGUGUUUGUGGAGAAGGAACUGCCUUCCCCAUGCAUCUGCAAGGACAUCCAAGCGGUUGGUCAACAUUCACGUUACUCUACUCCUGAGAUCGGGUCGUUCUACGUGUGGUGCAAGACGUGCCGCAACAUUCAGAGAGGUAAAUUACGGGUGUACUGUAGAAGAUGCUCUUCAUCAGCCGUUCUGGUUAAGACAGAGCCGUCAAACUGGAGAGAUGUUACACGCAGUAGCCAAAUCGAAGUGGACUGCGCUGACUGUAAGUCAGUCCAACACGCAGUAUUCAGGUUCAAGUGCGUUACUUGUAAUGAGGUUGGCGCAGUUCUAUCUCACAUUCGUGGGAAUUGGGAGCACGUUCCAUGCAGUGUAUGUUUCGAUGAGCAUACCACAUACUUGUUUGACCUUGGUUGCCACCACAUGGUUUGCCGGCAGUGUUUUGUAGAAUGCUUGGAUGUUGCACUCAAAGAAGCACAAUUCGUUUUCCGACCACCGUUUGGCUACACUAUCACGUGUCCUUAUCCAGGGUGCGUCGUUGAUGUCCACCACUUUCGUGUACUAGGUGAAGAAAAGUAUGAGAAGUACCAGAAAAUUGCAGCAGAAAAGUUAGUUGCCAUGGACGAUCAAGGAGUGUUUUGUCCGUAUCCCGACUGCAGCGCUUCGUUCUUUUGGGAGAUUGACAGUGAUGAUGGUAAAACUUCAUGUCCAGAAUGUCUGAGACUUUUUUGCCGGCUAUGCAAAUCUAUUGAUUGUGUAUGCGGUGUCGAUGAUCCGACAACUACAACGAUAGAAGCUACGACGAAGAAAUGCCCAAGAUGUGCUGCAAAUACAGAACGUAGUGGGGGAUGCGCGCACAUCCACUGCAUAGUCUGCAAAAUGGAUUGGUGCUUUGUUUGCGUGGCACCAUGGACCGAGGACUGCCAGUGGAAUCACUGGUUUUCUUGA